CGCUUCUAUAUUAGUUCAUGAUUAUAGUAUGUUUCCGUUUCGAACCUCUUUCUGUGAAGUUUUCGAUACGCAACGUGGUAUUUUUACUCAUUAGUAGAAAUUCAUUGAAAUUUGAAGAGAAAAAAAGAAAACUCGCGAUAUAAAAUGACUUGCAAACGUAGGAAUGGAGGACGUGCCAAGCAUGGUCGUGGCCAUGUCAAUCCAGUUCGCUGCACCAACUGUGCUCGUUGCGUUCCUAAGGACAAAGCGAUUAAAAAGUUUGUAAUAAGAAAUAUUGUCGAGGCUGCUGCUGUUAGAGAUAUAACAGAGGCUAGCUUUUACCAGUCCUAUCAGCUGCCGAAAUUAUACGCCAAGCUCCACUAUUGUGUCUCUUGCGCUAUUCACUCUAAAGUGGUGCGUAAUAGAUCCAAGGCUGAUCGUCGUAUCAGAACACCUCCUGUCCGCAAUUUCCCCAGGGAUUUGCGUCAAGGCCAGCAGAACAGGAAAUAAUUUUAUUAUGUAAAAUUAAAAUUACAAUAAAAAUACAUAAAACUAA